AUGGCGAGUAACGAGCUUGCUGAUGCUUUCGAAUCCACGGGUCUGUUGAUUCCUGAGCCCGAAGGUCCUGAAGAUGUACUGGACGAAUUGUCUUUUGCCAUCACAAAUGAUGUGAUUUAUGGAAUCCUUCACGACCUAUUGUUAGAGACGCAUCGUGAAGCAAAAACCGAGAGAGCCGCGUCCGCAGCUGUAAUUGUCAAGCAGAAAGCUUUGAAAGAUAAUCCACAUCUAGCUGAUGAUGCCUCGCCUGAUAUUUUGCCAGUGAAAAUAGAAACCAAGGCUGCGGGAGCCCUAUAUAAAGAUGGUAAUGUCUACCUAGUGGAGAAUCCUCUCAAAGCCACAUCAGAAAUAGUUUGCCCUAAGUGUGGCCUCCCACGUCUUCUCCACCCAACUACUGGCAAGGGGGCCAAGGCACCUAAGCCAGGAGUAGAGUAUUGCAAGAAAAAACCAUUUAUAGACAAGGAUUACUAUGAUAUUCAUGGACAAACCUUUGUUCCCAAAGGUCCCGGACGUGGUAGAAAGAAAGAGGAUAUGUUUGACCCCGUUAUGCAACAACUUAAGGCAGGAAUUCUAGGCGGAAGUCAAGAUCCAGACGGCUCAUCACCACCACCUACUCAGCUCAAAGAGCCCCAUGCUAAAUGUAUUAACUGUGGUGGCUUCCAGGCAGCGAGUCGAAUGAACAAACACAUGUCAAAGUGUAUCGGUGGUCUCAGUCGUGAGUCGGCUCGAAAUGCCAAGUCAAAGAUGAUUAAUGGGAACGAAAUUGGCAGUCAAAGUGGACAUACGCCUCCAGGAAGUCGGAACUCAACGCCAGUCCUCAGGGCUAGCUCUAUGAAAAGUAGUCCGGGGAAAAGAAGCGUUGAUAAUGAUGAUGAUGAUUCUGACGAAGCUCCAAAGAAAAAAAGAAAUAAGCUUCUCAAAAAAACCCAGCUAGCCAAACUCAAAGGAUUAAAUGUAAAGAAAAUGGGGGGUCAAAUGCUAACCAGUAACCUAAGUUUCGAGAGCAAAAUUACCGAUAAUGAAUAUGACGAUGGAGACGCAGAUGAUACUGGAGAUAAUAGCUAUAUCUCUAAACCUUCUAGAAAUAGGACUCUAAAAAGCAUGACAAAAAUGAGUGUAGAAAAGCCGAAAUCAAAACCCGUCAAAAAAUUAAUGAGACCUAAAAAAACUUCAACAACCGGAAAUUCGGCAUCGUUUACCAAAAGGGCUACAACGGAAUCAAAAAGCGUUAGUAGCAGGCAAGUUAAUGGAACAACACCCCCUAGUGAAGAAAGUUCUCAAACGAUGAGCUCCCCAAAUGGUGAAUAG